GGCUGGAGUCUGGAUUUUGCACCAUCCCUCGUGUCCCUCGCUUGGAAAAGCCCCAAGAAAGUGCCUUCCCUGGGGAAGCAGAGCUGAAGCGCUCAGACUCCCUGCUUUCCUUCCGCCUGGACUUGGGGCCCUCCCUGAUGAGUGAGCUCCUCCAGGUGAUGAGCUUCUCCGAAACCAACGGGAGUGAAGUGGGAGAGGAUGGCCCAGACCUCCCAUGUGGUGAGGGGACCAAGGAUGGGGUCCCUCCAGCACUGGGUGCAUCCCACGGAGAGGACAACACAAUGUUCAGCUUCUGGGACCGCUCCGGGCAGAGCAGCCUGUCAGGGGCCAGCUCACUGCCAGGACUGUCAGUCCAUGCCAACGGAGAAGCACACGCCAUCGAGGGCACUGGAGAGGACCCUGCCUGGGCUUCAGGGCCGGUGGCAGCACCCAGAGGGACCCCAUGGCAGGGGCACUGGAAUGAGUGCACCAUCGAGGCGGGAGAGUUUGACCGGGCGGCUCAGGUCCUGGCCCGCCAUUAUGGUGGGACCAGCACCCCGCGGAGCUCAGAGAAGAGUGAGGGUCCCCGGCAGGCCCGGACGCAGACCCUGUGGGAGAGCCCCAGCAGCAGCUUGUGGCGGUCGCAAGUGACAGGGGAGAGCCAGUCCCCCGAGGCCACCUGGAACCAAGAAGAGGAGGAGGAGGAGGAGGCCAAGCUUUCCAGCCUGCAGGAGGGGUAUGCUGGUGCCCGGGGGGGCCGCAGCAAUUCCUUUGAGUAUGCCGAGGAGGAGGAGGAGGAGGAUGAUGAAGUCAAGGUGUGA